AUGGAGGCGGCCUUGCUGCAGCCCCUGCCGCCAGCGGCCGUGGGCGAGGCGAAGGGGGCGGUGAGCGCCGAGCUGGAGGUGAAGAAGCUGCAGGAGCUGGUGCGCCAGCUGGAGAGGCAGAACGAGCAGCUGCGCAGCCGGGCCGCCGCCAACCCCGCCGCCGCCGCAGCCUCCUCCUCGGCGGAGCCCGCCAGCCCUCGCCAGCCGCAGCCUCCUCCGCGCCUGCUCUCCCCCGCCGCCGCAGCCCUCCCGGCCCAGCCCGCCAUGGCCAGCCCGGCCGCCGCGCUCCUGUGCGCCACCGCCGAGCCCUUCGUCUACUUCAAGUCCUCGCAGCAGCAGCAGCACGAAGCAGCCGCCGCCAGCCUCCCCCCGGCCACCCUCUGGGACGACGUGGAGGUGCUCGACCUGCAGGGGGCGCCCGAAGGGGAGGAGGAGGAGACCUGGUUGUAUGUUGUGCCUGCCAAAAGCAGCUUGUCCCAAGAAAAACCCUUGAGUCCUCUGGAGUGGUGCCGUCACGUCCUGAAUCAUCCAAGUCCUGAGAUAGAGGCGGCGAAACGCUCCCUCUGCUUCAGGCUGGAACAAGCUAGCCGAUGGCGGAGUCUCUUCUCUUCGUCUGUCUCCUUGGCUUUCCCUUAUAGUCCCGUUGCAAGGCUUACUCCGUAUAGCAAUGGCUUUAACACCCCCGCCUUUUCUAAAACCUUCGGUAAAGCAAUAUUAACACCUGAAAAGACAGGUUAUAUUUCUAGAAGCUCUCCUCUCAGCCCCCAGUCCUCAAUAGACAGCGAACUGAGCACCUCAGAGCUUGAAGAUGACUCCAUCUCCAUGGGAUAUAAACUGCAAGAUCUCACGGAUGUCCAGAUCAUGGCUCGGCUUCAGGAAGAAAGUCUGAGGCAAGACUAUGCGUCUACUUCAGCAUCUGUGUCCAGAAACAGCUCCAGCGUCUCUCUUCACUCGGGGAAGAAAGGGACCAGCAGUGACCAAGAAUUCGAUCGCUACAGUCUCGAGGACGAGGAAGAAGAGUUCGACCACUUGCCGCCCCCCCAGCCACGCCUCACCCGUUGCACCCCGUUCCAAAGAGGAAUUCCCCACUCGCAGACUUUUUCCAGUAUUCGGGACUGCAGGAGAAGCCCGACUUCUCCAUAUUUCCCUUCGAAUAAUUACCAUCAGCAACAGUAUUAUUCUCCUCAAGCCCAAAGUCCUCUGGAUCCGCAGCCGAACAGGAUUAAUGGUAAUGGAGACAAACUCCGAAGGAGCAUGCCCAACUUAGCCCGGAUGCCGAGCACCCCCACUCUCAACGCCAGCGUUGGCCCUGCGGUCACUGUGAGGAAUAGUCUCAGCUUUGACUCUAACUUGCACGGAGCUGGUAACGGGAUAUCAAGGAUUCAGUCUAGCAUUCCUUCUCCAGGACAACUUCAGCACCGAGUCCACAGCGUGGGACACUUUCCUGUCUCCGUCAGGCAACCUCUGAAAGCCACGGCCUACGUGAGUCCGACUGUUCAAGGAAGCAGCAGCAGCACUAACACGCCACUGCCCGGCACCUUACAGUUACACUCUAACUCUGGCAUCCCGAUGCCAAACAAGACUGCCAAUGCAGGGGUUAUAACGCGCAGUGGUCUUCCGAGGCCUUCCUUGGCCAUUAGUGGGAGCAGCAUACCUAGGAGCAAGAUUGCACAGCCAAUUCGAAGUUUCCUGCAGCCGCCAAAGCCCCUUUCUUCGCUUAGUACCCUACGAGAUGGCAACUGGAGAGAUGGCUGUUAUUGAAAGUGAAGGGACCUGAACUACGGGCAAGACAGAAUGCUUGAUCUUCUUACCCAGCUGGCUGGGUAACUUAAGACUGUGGGCAGGGGAAAUUGGUCACACAGCACUCUUUCUUUUCUCUGUCGUUGAUCACCGAACAUAUUGGAUCACCGAACAUAUGCAAAGCCGACAUCCUGCACUUAGUCGUUCGCUUGGGGAAACCGCAGUGUCGUCCAAUUAAUGUUAAAAGAAUUAUUGUUUUUUACCUUUUAAAAAUACACCCGCAAAGUACCAGAAGUCGCCCACUCGGGGGCGCCAAAAUGUGGUUUCUGAAUGCUUUAGUCAUAAAGAGCUAUUUCAGAACAGUUUCAUCUGUGUACUACUUUAAAAGGUGAUGUUUUAAUGAGUUGAUUGCUUUCUUGCAAAAUUUACAAGACAGAUUCUUCUGCUACUGCCUGAACUUAUUUUUAGCCUUUCUAAGGGACAUUGUUUUGUACUUAAUGUGUUAUACAUUCACUUUAGUCAUAGAUUAUUAAAAUUUUGUGCCAUAAAUAUUUUUUUCUAACGAUAAGCACCCAGAAUACAUCUUAAAACAUAUCUGCCCCAAUCCAGCCGAGGCCCAUCUGCCCACAGAAGCAGGACUUUUCAGCAUCAGUAGCUGUACAAAUUUCAGUAGCCGAAUCCUCAUUUAGUUGCGUGAGGUAAUUAUUCGGGUGCCAAAACAUGCACUUACUGAUGCUGAAAAGUCCCAGGAAGCAGCUGCCUCAGUUUCAAGGACGGGACGGGGAAUGUGUGGCCAUUCCACUCCCCUUCUGGUGCUUUGGGUGACAGGGGGCUUUUUAGCAUUAGGAACUCUGCCCCAACUUCGGAGGCACAAAGCUGGAUCAGGGCCUAUCCACAGGCACCACAACAAUUAUGUUGUAUGCAUAAGUUAUGAUAAUGUACAAGUGCGUGUGCACACACACGCAUUAACUUGAAACUGCCAUGCCUUUUGGGGAAGGGGGGGUUUGACCUGAGUCCGUUCACUCAUCAUCUUGUUCCUGUGUUAAUUUAUUCUCACAAUGGUCUUGAACUUAUAAAGAGGGCAUACGUUACAUUGCACUUAAAAGAGGCAGUGAUCUCUACAUGAUCAGAUUUCAGUACUUUAUUACGAAGAAUAAAAAAAAUUGGGGGGUGUUUUAUUAACAAUUCCGUAGGGGGAGAACUAAUGGGUUUUCACGGAAGUAAAUCCUGUUUUUUAUAGACCUUUUACAAAACCCAGUUGCACUAAUUAGCGGUUUCUUAUGAUGGGUUAUGAUUUUAAUACUUGACGACAACUUGUAUUCUACUGUUCUGGAAUGUUUCGGGAAUAAAGGAAUCUAUUUCAGCAA